AUGGGCGACACAGAGAAGGGCAACCUUCAUCACGAAAAUCCUGUGAGAGCUGAACUGCAUCUGUUCCCCGCCAGAAAGCUCACAGGAGAUACCCACCAGGACUCCGAUCAAAGACAAGGCUGCAAGCAGGAGCUGGGCACAGAAAGCGAGGUGGAGACAUCUUUCGGAAAGAGAUGGGGAAUGGUGACUUCCUGUGGGAUGGAAGUCUGGGAGUGUGAGGACAGUGGCAGAGCCCACAUCAGCAAGGUUAUCCUUGCUAGGGACACGCCAGACCCACCCAUGUGUGGGAACGGUGCCAUUUGGAUUCGGCAGGUGGGAGAGAAAACCUUCGAGUGUCCUGAGUGUGGGAAGAGCUUCAGCCGGAGCUCGUACCUGAGCCAGCACCAGAGGAUCCACCUGGCAGAGAAACCCUUUGGCUGCUCUGAAUGUGGGAAGAGUUUCACCCGGAACUCGGACCUGAUCAAACACCAGCGGAUCCACACCGGUGAGAAGCCCUACCAGUGCAAUGAGUGUGAGAAGACCUUCAGCCAGAGGUCCAACGUGAUCAGGCACCAGCGGACGCACACAGGAGAGAGACGCUACCAGUGCAACGAAUGUGGGAAGAGCUUCAGCCAGAACUCGCAUCUCAUUGUCCACCAGCGAAGCCACAAGGGUGAGAAACCCUUUAAUUGCCCCCGGUGUGAGAAAAGCUUCAGCGACCGCUCCUCCCUGAUCAUACAUCGGAGAGUCCACACCGGAGAGAAGCCGCACAAGUGUCAGGAGUGCGGGAAGCGUUUCCGGGACAGCUCGGCCAUCAUUCGGCAUCAGAGGAUCCACACGGGAGAGAAACCCUACGAGUGUAUUGAGUGCAGGAAAACCUUCCGGCAGAGCUCCUCGCUGGUCACCCACAUGCGAACGCACACGGGCGAGAAGCCCUACAAGUGCUCCGUGUGCGGCAAGGGCUUUAGCCAGAGCUCGGCGCUCACCACUCACCGCCGAAUCCAUGGGGCAAAGGCCUUGCCUGUGUACUGCGGCAGCCUCCUGCCCAACCCCUACCAGUGCACCGAGUGUGGCCGGAGGUGCAGCAACCACUCCACCCUGGCCAAGCACCAGACCACGCACGCCGAGGAGCGGCCCUACAUCUGCGUGGAGUGCGGGGACAGCUUCCGACGGAGCUCGGCCCUCAACGUGCACCUGAGGAUCCACCGCGGCGAGAGACCCUACAAAUGUGAGGAGUGCGGGAAAAUGUUCCGGCACAGCUCAGCCCUCGGUGCCCACUUGAGGAUCCACGCAGGAGCCAAGCCCUACGAGUGCGGCGAGUGUGGGAAAAACUUCCGGAAGAGCUCGACACUUAAAGUGCAUUUUAAAAUCCACGUGGCCAAGAAACCUUAUAAAUGUAUGGUGGGGAGGAGAAUGCUCGCUUCCCUCUCCCUUCUGCCAUAG